GAGACUACAAACAUUGGACUCAAGGAUGCAGCAUGCAGUGCAGCUUAAUCGAUGUAGCUAUGUCGAAUGUUUGGCUUGACUAGUAAGAGAUGCAAGAUGACACGCUUGUUGGUGCUGAUGCUGGAAUUAUCAUGGAAGCUGAUCUGUUUGAGCCAAGUAUACAAAUAAGGAGGGAAGGGCUGAAAGGCAGCGAGCCAAGGCCAGAGACUGAGUGAAAAAGGCAGUCCAGACACUUUGAAACUCCUUCACUACAGAGAGAAGUAGCAGCUACAGCAAGCUUCCACAAACUCUCUGAUCUCCAAGAGCAUUGCUCUGCAAGACUUCCCUCGAUCAGUUUUACUGCUCUAGUCUUCGGAACCCUUCUCAAGGCCAGUAAUGGAGAGUCCAGCUCAGAAGCGAACAACCCGUGGUGGGGCAUCCAGCAUGCCCUCGCCCACGCGUAUUACUCGCCUGCAGGAGAAAGAGGACCUGUGCAACUUGAACGACCGUCUAGCAGUGUACAUCGAUAAGGUGCGCUCUCUGGAGGUUGAAAAUGCAGGCCUGCGACUGCGCAUCACGGAGUCGGAGACGGAGAUCAGCCGGGAGCUGAGCGGCAUGAAGGCAGCAUACGAGAAUGAGCUGGCGGAUGCUCGCAAAACUCUCGACUCGGUGGCCAAGGAGAGAGCCCGGCUGCAGCUAGAGCUCAGCAAGAUCCGUGAGGACUACAAGGAGCUAAAAGCCAGGAACAGUAAGAAAGAGGCUGAACUGGAGUCGGCUCUGGCCAGGCUGAAGGAUCUGGAAGCUCUCCUCAACUCCAAGGAUGCUUCUCUCACCACAGCCCUGGGAGAGAAGAGGACUCUGGAGACUGAAGUCAGGGAUCUGAAGUCUCAGUUAGCCAAGUUGGAAGGCAGUCUGAAUGAUGCUAAGAAGCAGCUGCAGGAUGAGAUGCUGAGGAGGGUGGAUGCAGAGAACCGCAUCCAGACUUUGAAAGAGGAGCUGGAGUUCCAGAAGAACAUCUAUGCUGAGGAGCUGCGCGAGUCGAAGCGUAGGCAUGAGUCACGCGUGGUGGAGAUUGACAGCGGUAGACCGCAAGACUUUGAGAGCAAGCUAGCUGAGGCUCUGAUUGAACUUCGUGGCCAGCACGAGGAUCAGGUCCGCAUAUACAAGGAGGAGAUUGAGAAGACCUUCAAUGCCAAGCUGGAGAAUGCGCGUCAGUCUGCCGAUAGGAACAGUCACCUAGUUGGAGCAGCUCAUGAGGAACUGCAGCAGACACGUGUGAGGAUGGAGAGCAUGUCUGCUCAGCUGUCCCAGCUCCAAAAGCAGCUGGCUGCCCGGGAGGCUAAAGUGCGUGAGCUGGAAGAGUCUCUGUCUCGCGAGAGAGAUCUCAUGCGCCGUCGGUUGGAGGAGAAGGAGAAGGAAAUGGCAGACAUGCGCCACCGCAUGCAGCAGCAGCUGGAUGAAUACCAGGAGCUGCUGGACAUCAAGCUGGCUCUGGACAUGGAGAUCAGUGCUUACCGGAAACUGCUAGAAGGAGAAGAAGAGAGGCUGCGUCUCUCUCCAAGUCCUCCUCCUGGUCGUGUGAUAUCCGUCACUCGUACCUCAGGCUCUGGCGCACACACUCAAACCCGCAUGGCUCAGAGCAGCACUACUCGCACUUCAUCUGGAAGCGCUAAAAAACGGCGCCUAAAUGACACAGACAGUGAGGCGUCCAGCGUGACUGGUGGAACAGUGACACGCACUCGCAUUUCCCAGCAGGCAUCAGCCAGUGGCCGAGUCACUGUGGAUGAGGUGGAUCUAGAGGGCAAAUAUGUCCGUCUCAACAACAAGUCUGAUCAGGACCAGCUUUUGGGCCACUGGCAGGUGAAGAGACAAGUGGGCUCUGGUACUCCAAUCAUUUUCAAGUUCCCACCUAAAUUCACCCUCAAAGCAGGACAGACCGUUACAAUCUGGGCCUCAGGAGCUGGGGGGACCCACAGUCCUCCUUCUGACCUGGUAUGGAAGGGUCAGAACUCCUGGGGAAGUGGAGAUCUCUUCCAGACUACCCUGGUCAACUCAAGUGGAGAGGAGAUGGCAAUGCGGAAAGUGACACGCACACUGUUCCAGGAAGAUGAUGAUGAGGAAAUGGCUGCUCAUAGUACAUGUGGAGAUGGAGAGUAUAACCUGCGUAGCCGCACAGUGAUCUGUGGUUCAUGUGGUCAGCCAUCAGACAAGGCUGCAGGCACCUGUGUGUCAGCGAGCUCUGGGGUCUCUAGCGCCUCUCGCUCUUACACUAGUGGAGGAGGAGGGGGACUUCCUGAAGGCCUGGUCUCCCACUCCCACUCCCACUUUAUAUUUGGCAAUGACAAACCCAGACAGGGUGGUCCUAAACCUGAAAACUGCUCCAUCAUGUAGAUGCAGAAACAACCAUGUUGUCUGCUCAGUUCAGCAAGAUCAGUUAUAUGUACAAACUGGGCGACUUGAUUUCUAACUUGGUCAUCUAUAUUUUUUUUAUUUUUCAUACUUUAUAUACGUAAUUCAUGUUUUGUAUGUAAUAAUCUGCAGGUUAGAUGAAAUGCUUUUGUCUGGCAGACUGCUUGCAUGCAGCUUGGGUGCUAUAAGGGGUUUGUAUAUAAAGUACUAUAUGCUAGUUUUUGCAUGUGGGCUAUGCAGUGGCUUUCCUUUAGAGAUGUUCAUGGAGAGAGAGGUAGGCACAUCAAUUCACACUUAUCUAGAGAACAGGAUCCUGUCUUCAGCUGUCUUAUAAAAUGCUGUCACAACACAACACGCACAUCUUAACACUCUUGUCAGCAUCUUUAUUUCCAUAGGAUCAGGGGUGUCUUUGAAUAUACUGUACUGUAAAGCUAUUUUUGCAUAUUUUUGUUCCAAUUUUUCGCAAAUGGAUUCAUAAUCCAGAAGUGCGCAGCAAAGUGUUAAACGCUAACUCAGAUUUUGGAAAGGCAGGACGCACAGUCUUGCAUGAAAGAUUAACAGGAUCAUGGCACAUUAUUUAAGAAGCUUUUUGUAUGGCAUAUAGUUUGAAUUUAUAUGAAUGUAGUCUUAAAGAUUCGUGUGUCAGUGUUCUACUUUUCUGCCUAUUAUGCAAAGGCAGUGGACAGUGUUGGAAUCAGAGACAAAUAUUAGCUACAUGUUGGUUCCUUUUUUAUGUUGUCAUACAAGACAUACGAAAUAUGUCCUUUAUAUUUUUUUGAGCUUUUGAGAAUUGAAAGUCUAUGCAAUUUUCCAUUAUCAACUGUAGAUAAUACAUGUAGGUAACAAGGUGGUUAAGAAUAUAGAACAAUUUAAAACUAUUUUCUAAGAUGUAACAGUCAUUAUAACUUAAAAAAAAAAGGUCUGGAGAACAAGAAAUGUGUAAAAGUAAUUGUGUACAUUUGUGUACAUUGGAGGGCUGAAUUUUGUAUUGAAUGCCAAAGAGUUAAAAUGGGAAUAGUCUCUAGUCUGAGAUUUCGUAUAUUUAUGAGGACAGUGAAACAUUUAAAUUGAAUUGCAAUGUAUAAAAGGUGUGUAUGAGUGUUGAUUUUUUUGUAUACUCAGUGUUGGACAGCUGAAAGUGUUGACUGUUGUUGUUGUCACUCCUCUCUUUUCAAGCAGCUAUUAGUUAGACGGCAGGCGUCCACUCCUCCAACUCUGUGUAGCCUUCACUUACUAGAGUUGGGCUUUGGUCUUGGAAAACAUUCCUUACUGGCAUGUUAGCUGACGUUCAUAAAGCUUUAUGAAUUCAUGGAGACAUGUAUAUACAGUGUGUGAACAUUUGGAGAGCUGGAUAGGACAUGCCCCCAUUCUAAGAUGCUUAAAUAACUUCUCUGUAUCUCAGAAGGUGGUGGACAGGACACUAGCUUGCAAAAUUAGUGGACGCUUUUCCCUUUUCAUGUUAUGCUUAAAUGCUAAUGCUAAAAUGAUGUGGGUUUUGGUCAGGCAGUGGAACAUUUGUCAAUUAUUUUCUUUUUUUUUGGAAUUGAGUUAAAUUGAAUUUUUCUGAUGAAAAUUAAAUAUAUAUAGAUUUAUUAAUUAAUGCCUGACCAUCAGUCAUUAAUGUUAACAAGUUUAAUAAUUUAUGGGGUGGAAUAAUGUAAUUAUUAUAAUUUUUUUUAUGUUAUGAAAAAACUUCCCCAUUUCCCCUCAUGUUCUUGAACAGAGUGUAUUCUGUAAUUGGCAACAAAGGUUUUCCCCCCAUUUUCUGCUUUUUCUGCUUUUUUAUAUAUAUAUAUUUUUGUUCUGCAUAUAAAGGUGAUUAUUGAUGUUUAUUGUGUAGGCAUAAAUAGUGCCUUGAAUUCUUUCAUUAAAAAAAAAUACUAUUUCGCA